AUGGAAGUAGAUAAAGAAUGGUCUGAUAUGUUUUUAGAGAAAAACAAGAAAGCUUUUGUCUGGUACUUGGACAUCUUUGGUUCAAGAUCAGUUUAUCUGCUCAUUUUCUCAAUCAUUUUCGAAGCUUUUUUAACAAUUUUAUUAUGGAAAUCUUGCAUUAACGAAGCUAUCGGUUCCCUGAUCUUUUUAAUCAGUAUUGUUGGGAUUGUAUACUGCAUUAGAUCCCUUAAAAUAUACAAAAUACUGAUGAAUAUGAACUACAAUGAAGCAGAUCUCAACGAAGCAGAAAUAAAGAGAGUCCUUUCAAAAUCUCAAAUUAUGAUUCAAUGCUUACAAGAAUGGAUUAAAUCUACAUUCGUUAGAACAAAUCCUGUAAAUCUUUCAAUCGUUUGCAUGAUAAUUUUAGGGACAAUGAUGAUUUUUCAAAACAUACCUUUAUAUGUAAUGUUUGACGUUUGCAUUACUGCAAUUUCCUGUAUUUUUAUCUUGUCAUCAAUCUAUUUUGUUCAUAUUAUGAAGAAAGAGUAA